CUGAAGUUAACAUUCUGCGGCGAGGGCAUGGCCGACGGGGCAGCCGUUGGCUUCGAGAAGAUCACCGCCCUCAUGGACAGCCUUCCGCCCACGACCGCCGCCGCCACCACCACGGGCGCGUCCACCGCUUCGUCCGGGCUCUCUUCAACUUCUGACUCAAGCACAAUUGUUACUCCGACUGUUUCAUCUUCAACGUUUACUACAAGUUCUACGCCCCGAACAUUUACCACGAGUUCUACUCUUUCAUCAGCAUUUACAUCCACUGCAACUCCUAGUUUUACUCCUCUAACACCUACUGGAAGUUCGUCUGCAACAUCUAGUCUCAGUUCUUCUCCAACACCUACACCGAGUUCUACUCCGCCAACAUCUAGUCUCAGUUCUUCUCCAACACUUACACCGAGUUCUACUCCGCCAACAUCUAGUCUCAGUUCUUCUCCAACACCUACACCGAGUUCUACUCCGCCAACAUCUAGUCUCAGUUCUUCUCCAACACCUACACCGAGUUCUACUAAUCCAACAUCUAGUCUCAGUUCUCCAACAUCUACUCUCAGUUCUUCUCCAAUAUCUACACCGAGUUCUUCUCCUCCAACAUCUACUUUCAGUUCUUCUCCAACAUCUACUCCCAGUUCUUCUCCAUCUACUCUCAAUUCUUCGCCAACAGCUACACCGAGUUCUACUCCUCCAACAUCUGCUCUCAGUUCUUUUCCAACAUCUACACCGAGUUCUACUAAUCCAACAUCUAGUCUCAGUUCUCCAACAUCUACUCUCAGUUCUUCUCCAACAUCUACUCUCAGUUCUCCAUCUACUCUCAGUUCUUCUCCAACACCUACACCGAGUUCUACUCCUCCAACAUCUACUCUCAGUUUUCCAACAUCUUCUUUGGGGUCUACUCCUUCUCCAGCAUCUAGUCUGAAUUCUACCCCUUCUCCAACCUCCACUUCCAGUUCUGCUCCUCCACUGACUCUUAGUUCUACUUUUUCUUCUAGUCCUCCUACAUUUACUCAAACUUCUUCAACAGGAAUGACAUACUCUUCUUUCUCGUCAACAUUUACCCCAACAUCUACAUCUUCCUCUUCUUCAAUAGCAACUUCUAGUCCUGUAGUGUCAGCGUCAGUUUCUUCUUCAACAUCCAUUCCCACAUUCACUGUUUCUUCCAACGGGUCUCCUAUCUCUCUCUCUCCGACAACGGCUCUUUCUACUUCAGCGACCCUUCCGCCUCGCACUUCCACUUCCACUUCAGCGACCGUUCCGCCUCGCACUUCCACUUCCACUUCAGCGACCCUUCCGCCUCGCACUUCCACUUCAGGGACCCUUCCGCCUAGCACUUCCACUUCCACUUCAGCGACCCUUCCGCCUAGCACUUCCACUCAGCACCCUUCCGCCUUCCACUUCCUCUUCAGCGACUUGCUUCCACUUCAGCGACCCUUCCGCCUCCGACCCUUCCGCCUAGCACUUCCACUUCCACUUCAGCGACCCUUCCGCCUAGCACUUCCACUUCAGGGACCCUUCCGCCUAGCACUUCCACUUCAGCGACCCUUCCGCCUAGCACUUCCACUUCAGCGACCCUUCCGCCUAGCACUUCCACUUCAGCGACCCUUCCGCCUAGCACUUCCACUUCAGGGACACUUCCGCCUACACUUCCACUUCCACUUCAGCGACCCUUCUAGCACUUCCACUUCAGCGACCCUUCCGCCUAGCACUUCCACUUCAGUGACCCUUCCGCCUAGCACUUCCACCUCAGCGACCCUUCCGCCUAGCACUUCCACUUCAGGGACCCUUCCGCCUAGCACUUCCACUUCCACUUCAGCGACCGUUCCGCCUAGCACUUCCACUUCAGGGACCCUUCCGCCUAGCACUUCCACUUCAGCGACCCUUCCGCCUAGCACUUCCACUUCAGCGAGCCUUCCGCCUAGCACUUCCACUUCCACUUCAGCGACCCUUCCGCCUAGCACUUCCACUUCAGCGACCCUUCCGCCUAGCACUUCCACUUCAGGGACCCUUCCGCCUAGCACUUCCACUUCAGCGACCCUUCCGCCUAGCACUUCCACUUCAGGACCCUUCCGCCUAGCACUUCCACUUCAGCGACCCUUUAGCACUUCAGCGACCCUUCCGCUAGCACUUCCACUUCCACUUCAGCGAGCCUAG